GAAUGACGUAAUGAACGUAAAACAAUAUGGCGUCGUCUUAAGCAUAAAUCGAUGUGAAUGAGUUUAUCGACGUAAAAGUGUGCCUCUCUUGAGGCUCUUGUGUUGUUUCACGGUUGUUCCAGGAAAGAAUAAAAUUCACGAUCAGAUAAGUGUUUUAUCGACGUCACUGAACGUCACAGAUUAGAUUGCGGACCUAGUUUCUUUUCUCCUGCGACUCUCCGGUAACUGCCGGAGGGGCGAGAUAGUGACAGACAGAAUGGACGGCGGAGAGUACAUGGAGAACAUGGACCCUACUUUAGCGGAAUUAGGGGACGAAUUCACCUUGGGAGACAUCGACGAGAUGCUGCAGUUUGUCAGCAACCAGGUGGGGGACUUCCCAGACUUGUUUGAGGACCAGAUGACCUCAGCAGGCUCACUGCAGAGUGGCAGCGCCAGCAUUACCCCACGUCCUAACAUUCAAACCCCUCAAACUCCCCAAACUCCCCAGACACCAACCCCUGUUGCCUAUCAGAGCUCCAAUGUUACCCUCACUGCCUCCCAGGCACUGUCUCCGCAGUCUUUACCCCUCACCCCUCCCCUCACUCCCGCCCAGACCCCCUCCCCCACCACUGUCUCCUCAGGGCAGCAGCAGGUGACUCGCAGCCCCCCGCUCCUUCAGCCAAGGCCUCAGCUGGUCCAACCCAUCCAGCCUCAGCCCCAGCAGACAGCCCAGCCUGCCAUCCAGAUGCACACCCAGGGGAUCCCUAUGCAGACUCAGAGCUUCCCGGUCCAAACCCUGGUUCAGACCCACAGCCAGACGCCCCUGCCCAUCCAGACCCAGGCGACUCAAACUGUGAUGAUUGCCUCCAAUGGCGGGCAGUCACGUUUCAUCCAGAACCCUGUCAUUUGCCACCAGAGCCCUGCUCCUGGUUUCCAAGUCCUCCAGCCACAGAUGCAGAGCAUCAUGACAUCACAACAGCUCCAACCAAUGACCAUUCAGCAUCAGCGCGUUCUCACUCCAACAGGUCAAACCAUCCAGACUCUCUCUACUGCGCCGACCACAGUCCACGCCGUGCAACAGCAGGUGCAGCAAGUACCUGUUCUGGUACAGCAGCCUCAGAUUCUGAAGACAGAUUCACUGGUUCUCACAACACUCAAACCAGAUGGCACACAGGUGCUGUCUACCAUGCAGAGCCCAACAGGGAUCACCACCUUGACCACACCCAUCCAGAACACAGCUCUGCAAGUCCCAACGCUGAUGAGCAGCAACAUCCUGACCACCGUCCCCGUUGUGAUGGGAGGAGGAGACAAGCUGCCAAUCAAGCAACUACAGCCAGGCUCUUCCCACUGCACAAACGGAGCCAGAUCAAAUAUAGAGCAAGGCCAGAUGACGGCAGGAGGAGUAGGCCCAGGAGGAGUGGUGAAGGAAGGCGAGAGGAGGACAACCCACAAUAUCAUCGAGAAGAGGUAUCGGUCCUCCAUUAACGACAAAAUCGUGGAGCUCAGAGACCUGGUCAUGGGCAGUGAUGCAAAGAUGCAUAAAUCAGGAGUGCUGAGGAAGGCCAUUGACUACAUCAAAUACCUACAACAGGUCAACCACAAACUACGACAGGAGAACCUGUCCCUUAAAAUGGCAAACCAGAAGAACAAGACAGUGACGCUGUCGGAUGAUGUGGAGCUCAAACAAGAAAUAGUGAUGAUGUCACCUCCAGCCUCGGACUCUGGCUCCGGUUCCCCUCACCAGUUCUCUCCUUACUGUGUCGACUCAGAGCCAGGCAGCCCCUUACUGGAUCACGAUCAGGUGAAGAGUGAGCCAGAUUCUCCCUCCUCCGUUGGAGUGAUGGAUCGUUCUCGACUGCUUCUCUGUGCCCUCACCUUCUUCUGCUUAUCCCUAAACCCGCUGCCGUCUCUUCUGGGCUCUGAAGCCUCGGGGAGCCACAGCCUAUCUGCGGGCCAUGGGCCCUCUAGAACGCUUGUCUGGUUCCCAAGUCAAACAGAGGACUUUGCAUCCUGGCUGCGGUGCCUGUUGCCGUGGGUGAUGGUGUGGGUGCUGAGCGGGGUGGGAGCAGUGUGGGGCUGUGUCAGAGUGCUCUACCUGUGGGAGCCUGUCACACCCCUUCACUCCCCGAAGUCUGUGUCCUUCUGGAGGCAUCGCAAACAAGCUGACCUGCAUCUCAACAGGGGAGAUUACACAGCAGCAAUGGCUAGUUUAGAGACCUGCUUGUCCGUCUUGGCCAGGGCUCUUCCCUCAACCAAUCUGGACCUGGUUUGUUCACUUUCCUGGAAUCUCAUUCGCUACUGCUUGCAUCGUCCAACUCCUCUGGGUUGGUUGGUUCACCAGAUCAGAGGAAAGCAUGAGGGGGAGGAGGCUAGAACUAGUGCAAGGGACGCAGCACUAGUUUACCACCGGCUGAGCCAGCUGCAACUCACAGGAAAGCUGCCUCAGCGUAGCAGCCUGUGGGCUUUGUCUCUCUCUCUCAGCGCUGUCAACCUGAGCGAGAGCGCCCAAGGCAAGAUGGGCCCUGCCCAGCUCACCCAGAUCUAUGUCACUGCAGCAACGGCCCUGCGCACCGUGCUGGGCCAUCACCUCUCCUGUUUGCCUGGCUACCUGUUGAGCUGUGCAGAGUGUGUGGCCAGGCAAUCAGAGACCAAGCCGAUUCCUGACUGCCUGCGCUGGCUCUUUACCCCAUUGGGCAGGCAGUUUUUCCUGAGCUGUGAUUGGUCAGUGAAGUCAGAGAGCAGUGACGGUGUGUACACUUCUCAGAGAGACUCAGCUGACCCCAUUGCCCAGCUGCACCGCUGUUUUUGCAGGAAGCUUUUGGAGAGAGCUGUUCACACCCUCAUCCAGCCGCAGAGCGACACUGACGCAGGCAAACGCAAGAAUGACUCUGGGGAGUUUGCCAGUGCCCUUGAGUUCCUCCAAUUGUUGAACAGCUGUACAGAAGACUCUCCUUCCCCUCCUCCUCCCUUCUCGACUCCUCCCAAUCACACCACCACUCCAGUGGGAGACCCAGUGAGUCGUUGGUGGGCUUUGGUGCUAAAGGCAGCCGUGCAUUGGCUGCAGGGUGAUGAUGUUGCAGUGAGGUCGCUGUUGGCAGAGGCAGAGCGAAUGCCGAGGGCUCUACACACUCUAGACCACUCUCUUCCUAAGGCUGUGCUGCUGCUUUGCAAAGCUGUUCAGAUGAGUCUGUCGCCUCUCAAGGGAGAAGGGGCAGUAGCCUGCCUGUCCCACUGUGACAGAGCCAGCAACUACUUGCGCUCCAGCAUCUCAGUACCACUCACUCAGUCUGGGAACUGGCUGAAUAAGGGGGUGGAGCUCCUGGUCUGUGACCUUCUGCUGACCUUGAGGACCAGUUUAUGGCAGCGGGGGGGCAGCAGUAAUGGAGAACCUGGCCCAGCCCCUGGAUCCCAGUUGGCUGGCUUCCAGAGGGACCUCAGCGCACUCAGAAAGCUCACACAGUGCUACAGACAGGCACAGCACAAGGUGUUUCUUCAUGAGACCACAGUGAGGCUGAUGGCUGGAGCCAGUCCCACGAGGACACACCAGCUGCUGGAGCACAACCUCCGACGCAGGACACACAGCUCCUACACAGCGGAAGGUGAGUGUGUCCUGGGCGAGAGGGAGAGGGCUCAUGCCAUCCUGCUGGCCUGCCGCCACCUGCCCAUGCCCCUGCUAACCCCGCCUGGGCACCGUGCUCGCCUGCUGGCCGAGGCCAAGCGCACCCUGGAGCGUGUGGGAGACCGCCGGUCCCUGCAGGACUGUCAACAGAUUUUGCUGCGUCUCAGUGGGGGCACAACCAUCGCAGCCUCCUGAGCACACACACUGCGAGAACAAACACACACAGAUUAGGGCUACUCACAAUACACCAGAAAAAUGAACUCUGUGAGUUACUGUCACACAUACAAAGAUGUUAACCAGACUACUCAUCCACCAACAACAUAAUUGUCACUUAUUCACUGAUCAAGGGCCAUGAAUAUGGACUGGCCCACUUUUUUCACACACAGACAACUGAUACUUACUUUCACAGCUACAUCUAACUCUCAAUCCUGUUUCCACACCCUGGCUUAAGACUUGAAGGCUACAAACUUGCUCCUUUGAUGCAUUGUUGCAGCACAAUCAAGCCCCCUUCUUGUCAUUAAUGGUACCCUGCUGGCUAACUGCCUCAUUUUAAACAAUGCUAAACAAUAAGGAAAAUCAGGUUAAAUAGGCCCCAAAGGGAAAAGGGACCAUUAUCUCAAAGCUGUUUAAAUAAAUACAAUGCAGCAGUGCAUUGAUUAGCUGUAGGAUGCCAAGUUGUACAAUCAUUAUUGGCACACAACAAUUUGAGUGCUACAAUAACCGUGUAAUGUCUUAGUAAACCUGCAAGCUUCAAUGAAGGGCUUUAGAGUAUUCAAGAAUAGACAGCCAAGAUCUGUUAAGCAUAUCUUUGCUGUAAGAUGCAGACAGAGAGUUGCAUGCUUUUAACUGUACAGUGCUGAGUAGUGUCUCUUCCUAUCUACCUCAUACACUGUACAAUGCCAGCAUUGUACUGUGGUGCAAAGUAGGAUACUUAAGCACCAUGUUAGUUAUCCUGAAUUUGAAUCAAGUGACCAUUUGAAGUGAUGCUUCAGUCCAGUGCAGCAUCAUUCUAAUAAAACAUGGCUGAGCUGCUUUAUUUAGACUUUGGGAUGCAGCAGUAUAGUACUGUAGGAAUUUGACUUGCUGUUGCAAGAAUGAAAGACAGCUACUGCUGACAUGUUCCUUAAUAUCAAGCAAAACACAGGGAAAAAUGAUUGGAUUUGUGGAACAUAUGUAUAACAGAGGGAAGCAGUCAAUCAUGGACCGAUGACAAAAUGCUAGCGACGCACACAUUCACACAAAUUCAUAUACACUACAGGUCAAAAGUUUUAAAACACCUACAUUUUUCCAGCUGUUAUUUAAAUUUACAUAAGUCAAUGUCUCAGUUUUUCUGAACAGACUCGUUCAGUCUACAAUGGAAAUCACACAUUGUUUGGAAAGUUCGUCCCAACAAUUGAGUCAUUUUCUUGCUGUAGGAUGAACCCCAGACCAACCGGUCUGUCUUCCUUUGUUACUUGCCUUUUUCUCACCAUUCUGAUAGCAAUAUACAGUACUACGUCCUGCAGUAGAAUAUUGUAAUAAUAAUGCAUUAGAGGGUGUAGGAACACAGUUUGUUCCAACGCCGCCUUUGUAGGCAGAGGGUUUGUAAAUAAUCAGCAAAAGUUGGGGCACCUGUAGGAAUUGUUUGCAUUAACUUUCAAGCCUUCAUUUACUUUGAAUUCUCUAGGAAAGCUGGAAGUUAACCAAUUUAUUAAUCCCUGAAAAAGGCAGUUUACCACUUCCCCUUUGUACCAUUUAAGGUUAUACACUGGACUUGAAUUUAUUAAAUUUUGAUUAAAAACUAGAAUAAUGGGGGUGUUCUAAAACUUUUGACUGUUAGUGUACAUAUUAAAUAAUUGCUUACAAACUCACAAUGUGCUUGUAUAUAUGUUGUACAUAGGCAGAUAAACAUAAGUAGAAUAAACAGGAAGUGCUUACCGACUGUUUGAGAGAAGACACGUCAAAGCAAGCACUGUAACACGUUAAAUUUGGCUCGUAAUGGUCUCCUGUCUGCGUCUGACCAUGAGAGCAGAGUUAGCUGAUUUACCCUUAAAAGUGAUACUCCACCAAAAAUAAUUUUAUUUGCAAAUACUCACCUGCUGUAACCUUGCAUGGUGGCUGUAAAAAGUUACUGGUGGAGAACAGCAUCUAUGGUCAGUUUGAAUCCAUGAUGGAUUACAGUAGUGACAAGUUUUCACUGCAGAUAUCAAAUCGCCAAUAAAAGUUGAGGCAGACUAAUCCACCUCUCUGCUGUCCAUCUGUGAAACCCACCUUUCGAGUCUACAGGGAGUGAGUGUCUGAUACUCAAAAGAUUUUGGGUUGUGUAUCACCUUAUGGUGUGUAAAUUAAGUGAAGAUGGUCUGGAAACAGUGAUAAACGAGAAAUUGUAUUUCUUGGAAGCAAUGUCCACAUAUAAUGUAUAGCUCUGAAGCAAAAUGGCCUUGAUGUUAUGUAAAAAAACAAAAAACAAUUUCAUCAUAUUUGGAUUGAUGGAGGAAUUUUAGCUUUGUGAAAUCUAUGUCUACUUUGCUUUUUAUUGUCAUUCCUGGUUUAUGUGUUCUGAUUGUCUUAUUUAAUGGUUAAGUAAUAUUAAUAUAAAUGCUUUUCUUGGUGGGAAGGGAGCAGUUUUGCAGUUUUAUCAUUGUUAUUGUUUUAUGUUGGUAAAAGCAGCCUAGGGUCAGAAACUGUCAGAGGGAGAAUCUCUAAUAGAAAGAUGUUUAUUUUAUUGGAGAACUAAGGUUUGCAUUUAAACAAUUAGCGUGAUAUUUUAGGAUCACUCUUUCUUUGAACACGCUGCAAGUUCUUUAUUGUUUGUAAAAUACAAGCAAACACAUACUUAUGCUAUUAGAAAUUUCCAGAACUCUGUCUUCCGGGUUUACUCAAACUGUCAAUAAUUAAUGUAAGGAGUCCUGAAAAUACUUAUAUAAGUUUAGAUUUAGCUUUCCUGACUGGUAAAAGUGUGAAAAGAAGAAAGCAACGCUCAACUAGCCAUUGGCAGGCUGUAGUUUUUGCUAUCAUAAUUAUGUUUUUUGCCUCUUCCCCUUGAUGUAUUUUAUUGUCUGAUUUUCUGUGUACAUUUUGACGUUUGUUUUAUAAUAAAAC